GGGCCCCCCUGCUCGGCUCGGCCAGCCCGCGGGCCCCCUCCGCCUCUUGGCCUUCUGCUCUGCCGCAGCGGCGGCUCCGCCUUCUCGGGUACGGUACGGGCCGGGCCGGGGCGCCUCGCUCGUGUGUCCGCGGCCGGCGGGGACCCGGCGGACCGGUGUUGCUGAGGGGGAGGGGGUGGGGGCCGGGGCCCCGGCCCCGGCCCCGGCCCCGGCCCCUCUCGCAGAGCGUCCCCAGCCCGGGGAGGCCUGGGCACUGCCCCGCGCCGGGCAGGCGGCGCCUCCUGCGGACGGUUUCGUUUUGGACAAACCCCAGCUUCGAAAACACCCGGCUGGAGCGGCUCUGAGUGAGCGCUGAGGCCGAGCCCCGGACUCUUGGCAUGAGUCCUGGAUUGAGAUGUUGUUGAGGGCCCUUUGCCUUCCCCACGAGCCCUGCCUUUCGCGGACGUGAAGUGUUUUUUCAGCAUCGGGAUAGAGACUAAGCAGGCAGGCUUCAGAAAGAAAUCAACAGCAAAAUGAGAAGCUCGGCGAUUAAGAGGAUAACAAAUGAAAUUAUCAAGUCACCUGAGGAUAAGCGAGAGUAUCGUGGACUAGAACUUGCAAAUGGCAUUAAGUCAUUGCUUAUCAGUGACCCCACCACAGAUAAGUCUUCAGCAGCACUUGAUGUACAUAUAGGUUCAUUAUCGGAUCCCCUAAAUAUUGCUGGGCUUAGUCAUUUUUGUGAGCAUAUGCUGUUCUUGGGAACUGAGAAAUAUCCAAAAGAGAAUGAAUACAGUCAGUUUCUUAGCGAACAUGCAGGGAGCUCAAAUGCAUUCACUAGUGGAGAACACACCAACUAUUACUUCGAUGUGUCACAUGAACACCUAGAAGGUGCACUGGACAGGUUUGCCCAGUUUUUUCUGUGCCCACUGUUUGAUGAAAGCUGCAAAGAUAGGGAAGUGAAUGCUGUUGACUCCGAGCACGAGAAGAAUUUAAUGAAUGAUGCCUGGAGAUUGUUUCAAUUGGAAAAGGCUACUGGAAACCCCAAUCAUCCCUUCAGUAAAUUUGGAACAGGGAACAAAUUUACAUUGGAAACCAGACCAACCAAAGAAGGAAUAGAUGUAAGACAAGAGCUGUUGAAGUUCCACUCCACUUAUUAUUCAUCAAAUCUAAUGUCUAUUUGUGUCCUAGGACGAGAAUCCCUGGAUGAGCUAACUAGUUUAGUAGUGAAGUUAUUCUCAGAGGUAGAAAACAAAAAUGUUCCGAUACCAGAAUUUCCUGAGCACCCUUUCCAAGAAGAACAUCUCCAGCAACUUUACAAAAUAGUACCUAUCAAGGACAUUAGAAAUCUGUAUGUCACAUUUCCAAUACCAGACCUUCAGAAAUACUAUAAAUCCAACCCCGGUCAUUACCUGGGUCAUCUCAUUGGACAUGAAGGCCCAGGGAGUCUUUUAUCAGAGCUCAAAGCUAAAGGCUGGGUAAAUACACUGGUAGGAGGUCAAAAGGAAGGUGCUAGAGGAUUCAUGUUUUUCAUCAUUAAUGUGGACCUGACUGAGGAAGGGCUUUUGCAUGUUGAAGAUAUAAUUUUGCACAUGUUUCAGUAUAUUCAAAAACUAUGUACAGAAGGACCUCAAGAAUGGGUUUUCCAAGAGUGCAAGGAUUUAAAUGCUGUGGCUUUCAGGUUCAAAGAUAAAGAACGACCACGAGGUUAUACAUCAAAGCUUGCUGGGAUGUUGCAUUAUUAUCCCAUAGAAGAAGUGCUUGCUGCUGAAUAUUUACUUGAAGAAUUUAGGCCUGAUUUAAUAGAGAUGGUACUGGAUAAACUGAAGCCAGAAAAUGUUCGGGUUGCAAUAGUUUCCAAAUCCUUUGAAGGAAAAACUGAUCGCACAGAACAGUGGUAUGGAACUCAAUACAAGCAAGAAGCAAUUUCUGAUGAAGUCAUCAAGAAAUGGCAAAAUGCUGACCUAAAUGGGAAAUUCAAGCUUCCAAUGAAAAAUGAAUUUAUUCCGACUAAUUUUGAGAUUUUGCCACUUGAAAAAGAUGCAGCACCUUACCCAGCCCUUAUCAAGGACACUGCCAUGAGCAAACUGUGGUUCAAACAGGAUGACAAAUUUUUCUUGCCAAAAGCUUGUCUCAACUUUGAGUUUUUCAGCCCAUUUGCUUACGUGGAUCCCUUGCAUUGUAACAUGGCAUAUUUGUACCUUGAACUACUCAAAGACUCCCUCAACGAGUAUGCAUAUGCAGCAGAACUAGCUGGCUUGAACUAUGACCUCCAAAAUACCAUCUAUGGGAUGUAUCUUUCUGUAAAAGGUUAUAAUGACAAACAGCAUAUCUUGCUGAAGAAGAUUAUUGAGAAAAUGGCUACCUUUGAGAUUGAUGAGAAAAGAUUUGAAAUCAUCAAAGAAGCGUAUAUGCGAUCACUUAACAACUUUCGAGCUGAACAGCCUCACCAGCAUGCUAUGUAUUACCUCCGACUAUUGAUGACAGAAGUUGCUUGGACCAAAGAUGAAUUAAAAGAAGCUCUAGAUGAUGUCACUCUUCCCCGCCUCAAGGCCUUUAUAUCUCAACUGUUGUCACGGUUACACAUUGAAGCUCUUCUGCAUGGCAAUAUAACAAAACAGGCUGCACUGGGAAUUAUGCAAAUGGUUGAGGACACUCUCAUUGAGCACGCUCAUACAAAGCCUCUCCUUCCCAGUCAGUUAGUAAGAUACAGAGAAGUGCAGCUGCCUGACAGAGGUUGGUUUGUGUACCAACAGAGAAAUGAAGUUCAUAACAACUGUGGCAUAGAAAUAUAUUACCAAACAGAUAUGCAAAGCACCUCUGAGAACAUGUUUUUGGAGCUCUUUUGUCAAAUUAUCUCAGAGCCAUGCUUCAAUACUCUGCGUACUAAGGAGCAAUUAGGUUACAUCGUGUUUAGCGGUCCUCGCAGAGCUAAUGGCAUACAAGGACUGCGAUUUAUUAUCCAGUCAGAGAAGCCACCACACUACUUAGAAAGCAGAGUUGAAGCUUUUUUAAAAACUAUGGAGAAGUGCAUAGAAGACAUGUCAGAAGAGGCCUUUCAGAAACACAUCCAAGCUUUAGCGAUUCGUCGUCUAGACAAACCAAAGAAGCUAUCUGCAGAAUGUGCUAAAUACUGGGGGGAAAUAAUUUCUCAACAGUAUAACUUUGAUAGAGAUAACACUGAAGUGGCAUAUCUAAAAACUCUGACAAAGGAUGAUAUUAUACAGUUCUAUAAGGAACUGUUGGCAGUACAUGCACCUAGGAGGCACAAGGUAUCAGUACAUGUCCUUGCAAGGGAAAUGGAUUCCUGUCCUGUGGUUGGGGAAUUUCCGUGCCAAAAUGAUGUUAAUCUGGCACCAGCACCACCUUUGCCACAGCCCAGUGUGAUUGAAAAUAUGACAGAAUUUAAACGCAGUCUCCCACUGUUCCCGCUGGUGAAACCACAUAUCAAUUUCAUGGCUGCAAAACUGUGAAGAUUCCCAAUGGAUGAAGAAAUGCAAAUGGAUCAGUACCCGCAUGUGUUCAGGGGGGUUUUAUGAUGAACAAAAAUCUUAAAUAUGAUUAGGAUAAAUGAUCUGUCUAUUAUGAGAGUCUCUAAUUCAUUCUUGGUUCAUUCAACAUUAAUUGCGUGCUUAUGGUUAUGAAGAAUUAGAAAAUCAGUUGUGAUUGUGCGUCAUUUAUAUUGCAGAAAAAGUGUUGAAAACCAAAAUCAGCUUAAAAAUAAAGACUCUUGUAGAUGCAUUAUAUUUUUUGAAAUAGUAUAUCUUAAUUUUCAUUUCAUUAACUGAAUAUUAACAAGCCUCCAGAUCAAACUGAUUUGGCUUAAAAUGUCUACUUGGUCCAAAAUACCAUAUAAAAUAGCUCUGUAACAAAUUUUAUCAGGGAAAGAAAAAGCCUUGUUUGGAUUUAAGAGAAAACCUUUUCAUAAAAAGAGAGCUUAGACAUAUUUUGAAAAGUAGUGUUGAAUGAUACCUUUUUAAAUGAUCUACAAUGCAAGCAACUUUUGUUUUCUUUUUAAGUUUUAUGUAGUUCAGUGGAAAAGAGAAACUUUGACAAUAAAAUAAUAAAAGAGGGAAUUGUCUUUAACAGAAGAAGAGUAAAUAAAGAUACUGGCAUGGUUUUAAUCUUUGUACACAUACUUGGGGACAUUUUAUAUUUAAAACUCGUAAAAUGCUGGAAACACUUGGGUACCCUAUCUUUUUUUUGUUACCAAGAGAAUUGUGCUGGUCUCUUGACAGGGUUAAUAUUCUGUUCAGUUUCUCAGGGUUAUUCUGAGUUACUUCCAUUGUUUAUAUAAUUUAAAAAAAAAUUAAUUGUUCAUAAUCUACAUGAGGCCUCCAUCAGGGCCCCUGGCUCAUCUUAUUGGGCCUCAGCCCAACAAAGCAAGGUAGAGUGCACAUCAUUUUCAGUGCGAGUGCCUUUUGAUAUCAGCUUUGCUUUUUGAUAUGAGCAUAGCCAAAGUUAAGUGUGGGGCCCUUCGGUACAUCAGUGAAGUUUGCAGAAUAAGGCUUUGUGGUGUAAAUGCUCAGCCUUGGCACUUUUUUUUCUUUUUGCCCUUCUGAUGUUGAAAAUGAAACAGUAACAAAACACAAUAAUUAGUUCAGGUUGGUUCACAAAGUAAUUCUUGAAUUACUGAACCUGGUGAUUUCAGUAAGGGUUCUGACUGAGUAAGGCAUGGCAAGAUUAGGCCCUAGAAUAGAAAAUUAAAAAACAAAAAAAGCACUGUAUAUUGUCUUAAAAUAUUUUGGUAAUGACUAAACAUCUUGUUGGUUAAAUGUAUAUAAUUCUCUAUAUUUGUGUAGGCAGGACAGGAUGUGCUUAAGCCCUGAAAAGUUUGUCCUGACCAGGUGAACUCAUGAGUAACAGUGGCAUCAUUUGAGUCUUUGCCUAUAAUUUACAGACUCUGAAUCGGAGUCCCUGACCUCUCAAAUAUAUUAAACACGCACAUAAUUUUCCUUGUGAGUAGCACCAUUAGCUUCUGUGAGGGGGAGGGGGUUCCUUACACAAAUAAGUUGAAAUGUUGACUUCAAAGAUAUUACCCCUGUGAGUAAAAUUCAGUGUGCUUAAAUGUUUACAGGAUUGUGGCCCUAAAUUUGUAUGUAUCCAGGACAUGCUGAUUUGAUUUAAUAAGUGAGGCUAGUUUAAAAUGCUGUUUGAAAGAGUAACAAUGUGGACUGUUUAUAAAGAAAAAUGUUGAAAUUGUACUGCUGCUUUUGAUGCUACUUAUUGUUAAUAGAGGUCACUAACAGUUUUGUACUAUAAAGAAAAAAUAUAAACACACUAUGGAAAGAAAGCGGUGGUGCACUCUUUACCCUUUAUCGCACUAUUCAUUCAUAUUUUGUGUAUUGUAGUUUUCUUUGUCCAUAAUGUAUUUUCUUUCUUCCUUUUAGGAUAAGAUUUGUAUUAUAGAUAUUAAAUAUUGACAGAACAAUAUAAAAAUUAUAUUUUGGAACUUGAUAUUUAAACAUGCUACUCUGAAAAAAUAAAAUAUAUCCUGUGUUUAAAAAAAUAAUGGAAAUGCAAUGAAUUAUAACUUUUCACAAAUUAUAUAAAAAUGGAAUAGUAUAUUUAACACAGUACUACAAAUUAUGUAGUCCAGAAAAGAACAUUGAAUAUUUUUAAAAUCUGGAAUGGAGGUGGGAACCCGUGUAGUUUGUCAGCAACUUUUAAUUGCUUUUAAAGUGUUCUCCAGCAUUUUACAGUUUCUGAGUUUGAUACAGCGGUACAAUUUGAUAACUCAGGCAUAUUAAUGGAUUCAUUUGAGUGGAUCCAGAGCUGCAGUGUCUACAAGCAAUAACAGACUACCUAGAAUACACUGUAAUUCUCAAUUUUAGUGCUUGUUAACUAAGUUUAUGUAACAAACCAUAAAUUAUUAUUAGAAUAUUGUAAUUGCUGCAAGUGCUAUUUUGAGCAGUUGAUGUGGAAUUGGGCGCAUGUAACACAGCCAGUAUGACAGAGUGCUAGAGUUAUCCUGUUUACAAUAAACAGUCUGAAUUUAA